GCUUUGCCUCACUUGCCACAUCUUACUUACUUGUCACCUCAUUCACAUAGCAAAGGAUUCAAAAAUAUGUACAAAUCACGCGCCUAUUUGCCCAGGGCGGCAAAGUCACUUAAUCCUGAUCCUAGUCGCAAGUCACGAAAGCUUUGCACGGAAGAGCAGCUAUUUCUAAGCUUUGCAAAAACUAUACCAGAAGAUGAGGAUGUGACUAGCGAUCUGCCCAAGUUCGUCGUGUUCGACCAUGAUAUGCCGCCAGCUGAUUACAUGGUGAAGUGUAUCCAGGACAACGAGUGUCCGGAUGUGAUUGUCACCGUCAAUGGACGCAUGUUCCCGUGCCACAGGCUCGUGCUGAGCAUUUACUCGAAGCGAAUGCUGAAGCUAUUGGCGGGCGACGUAAAUAAUAUUGUGUUUGAAAAGGAGGAUCUGACGCCGAAGGCAUUCAGCGAUGCAUAUCAAUGGAUGAUUUCCACAAGGGGUGAGCUGAACACGAGCGAUAUGGUGGACAUUUUGAGAGCCGCCUACUUUCUGGAUAUACCCGAGCUGCUCGAGGCUUGUUGGAUAACCCUGGAUAGUCCUGUUAUCGACGAGUUAUCUGCGUUUCGCAUCAUGUAUGAGGCGCGUGCCGCCACUAACAUGCCGGAAGUAUUCGAUAAGCUGGCGGGACGACUCAACAGGGCAACUUUGCCAGCCGCAUCCACUAGGGAGUUCCUCAGCAUCAGCGAGGUGCAAAUUUGCUCCAUACUGAAGUCCAGUACUCUGGCAGUCAACUCGGAAAUGGAGCUCCUAUACUGCGCCUUGAUGUGGCUAUCGCAUUGCUGGCCACAGCGCCGUUCCAGCACCAAUGUGGUUUUGAAACACAUCCGCUUUGGCUACCUGCCGCCCACCAUGCUGAGCAAGUUCAAGACAAAGGAACGCAACCAGGUGGGCCACUUUGGUGAGAUACUGGAGGAGUUCAGCAAGUCGCCCGAUAUCAACCAACUCGUGCGGGAUGGACUGUUCGACAGCAGUUUGAUCAUAGCCGUAUACAAUGAUCCCAAUGUCGUCGAGGAGAACGUGGAGUUCAAGCAGGUGAAGCUGACGGAUCCACGCUGUUGGAUACGGGAUCAUCGAUGUGAAUACCAUCGGAACGUGACCACGCUGUGUCCGAAUAUGCGUUACGUAACGCCAGACCAAUUCGAAAAGUACCUGAUGUUCCUAUCAAGGUCACGACUAGAGUAUCCUGAUUAUGAAAUUGAAGAAGAAUCAGAUUCCGAUUGGGAAAAGAAGCGGGAAAUCAAAAAGUUGAUGCUCUUGAAGAGUGUGGUCGGCAUGGAUGCGGAUUUGGAUAGGCAAAUCAAUCUUAUUAAACAGAAGCGAAGCGAUCGAAAUCAAGAUCCAAAAACUCAGAUUGUGCAGGCAUAGGGCCUGCAUCUACAAAACGUAAAAUUCGCAAGUUGAAAUUAGUUAUAAAUCAUUCAUUAUUGGUGUUUGCACUUACUCUUUGCCGCACUCAUUAGAUCUUUGACCUCUUUGAUAA